UUGAAGGGCCCUCAGGAGGCCCGGGGGCAAAUGGCCGGAGCCGGACCAACCAUGCUGCUACGCGAGGAGAACGGUUGUUGCAGCCGGCGUCAAAGCAGCUCCAGCGCCGGGGACUCAGACGGGGAGCGCGAGGACUCGCCGGCUGCGCGGGCCCGGCAGCAGCUGGAGGCGCUGCUCAACAAGACUAUGCGCAUUCGCAUGACAGAUGGACGGACCCUGGUCGGCUGCUUCUUGUGCACCGACCGCGACUGCAAUGUCAUCCUGGGCUCGGCGCAGGAGUUCCUCAAACCGUCGGAUUCCUUCUCUGCGGGAGAACCCCGUGUGCUGGGCCUGGCCAUGGUACCCGGCCACCACAUCGUUUCUAUUGAGGUGCAAAGAGAGAGCCUGGCAGGGCCUCCCUAUCUCUGACCACGAUCGCGCAGGCUUUUCUGACCAUUAAACCUGUAAACGAA